AUAAUCAAUCGAACCAUGGCACUCCGAACUUCGUUGGAACAUAAAUUAGCCCUGCGUACAUUCAUCUCCAUUUUCAAAAACAAAGUUUCUUUCCUGACAUUAAUGGCAAAGGUUUUUCCUCAGAGUCAAAGACCUACGUUAGACCCUUUCGUGUCUUUUGAAAGACAAACAUACACUAUAUGGAUGAAAUCACUUCUGUGCCAAACUAAUGGUUGCACAGUCUUCGAUUCCGAUGGAGACAUUGUUUAUCGCGUUGACAACUAUGACAAGAAGUGCAGGAACAAGGUCUAUCUCAUGGAUCUUCGAGGCAGAGUUCUUGUUACAAUACUAAGAAAGAGGUUACAUUGUUUUGGAUGUUGGUAUGGUUAUCGAUGGAAUUCUUAUGCCAACAAGGAGAAGCCAUGGUUUCAAGUGAAGAAAUAUUGCAGAUUUAUUUGUAUGGGAAGUUUUGCCUGUCAAGUUACUGUAGGAUUUGAGAAAUAUUGGGUAGAGAAAUUGGCUAGCAAAACAGCAUUUAGAAUCGUAGGCAUUGAUGGAAAUGUUAUUGCAGAGGUGAAGCAAAAACAAUUAUCUUCGGGGAUCACGCUGGGAGAUGAUGUGCUAACUUUGGUUGUGGAGCCUCACGUAGAUCAUUCCCUGAUAAUGGCAAUCGUGACUGUCUACGGAUUGAUCAAACAUAAGCUGUAGAAUAUUACUUACUAUCUUUUAAAUUUGAUGCACAAUGAGACAGCAAUCCCAAUAUUUACAACAGAACAUGCAGACUAGUCCCCAAACAAUAAUUCUUCUGCAGAGCCUUCGACUUCCAAAUCUUUUCAUAAGGUUUGAUAUUUACAAUCACAGCCGUAGUACUAUCCAGCUAUAUAUAUAUAAUAUAUGUAUGGUCACCGUCUACAAAAGAAGUUUGCACAGUGCCAACCACGUUUACAGAAAAUGCCGUAGCAGAGAAGAAUGAAGAAUAAAGCAGCUUGUAUGAUAUUUUAUUGAAAUCAUAUAUGUGUAACGUCACCAAUAUAUAUAUAAUACAAUGGAUGUCUUUGUCUGCUGUA